CACUUUCAUUCUGAGUGAUAAAGCUCUGUAAAAACCUAACAGCGUUCCUGAUAUCCCUCGUUCCUCCGGCUGAAGUUAGAAGGACAGCAAUAUGGAUUUACAUAGGAUUUUCUGGGGAUGCGUUUCGUGUUUCCUUGCUGUUAUUGCUUGUUUAAUCUGCAUACUCAAAUUAAUUUGUGGAAUUCUGGCUAAACUGGUAUUAAUUCUAGCGAGGUGGAUUUAUGUCCAGUUUUCGAACCCCAGAGUACAAUCCCUACAGCAGGAUGAAGUGGAUUACGAAGAACAAAAAGAUGUUCGUGAAGACCAGGGACAGUGGAGAUUUCUUCAGGACAUAAAUGUACUGGAUGUAACAAAGAUUUUACAAGACAGAAUAACGGUAUUGAUGGAUUUUUUUGGGUCCCAAAAAGAGAUCAGAUUCCACAAGAUGGUCAUUGGAAAUGACACGAAUUGUCACAAGGCCUUUUUGAGCGGUCUGGGUAUCAAUUGCCGAGAGUUUUCUGCGGAUCAGAGCGACGUCAUCAUCGCUUUCGUCCCUAUUGUCUCUCGAGCUGGAACCGACAUCGUUGCUGCGCUUGAGAAGAUACCAGAAAACCGGCCUGUUGUUUUCGUGGCGCUCCAUCACACGUUUGAUCGGAAUUUCGUCGUUCCAGAGAGCAGACGAAAUAUUAGCAGGAGCAACGUGUUGGCUGUGGACUGUCUCUUUUAUGAAGACAAGGGAUUGCUGGAAUGUCCUCGUAACACAGAGGCACUGAAAGCAACAGCAAAGUAUUUACAAGACAUCAGGAUGAAUUCCAAAGUGUCAAAACGGUUUUAAAUUGGAAAUGAUGUUUAAUCCUUGACGUUUUAUUGCCCCGUACCUGAUUACGCCACUGUAGCUCUCGUUGUCCGGACAUAAUUACUUCAUGUUAAUUAGAUUGCUUAGAUUAGUUGCUUUAGAUUGUUUAGACUGGCCAAAUUCUGUUUGAGGUCUAUAUUCGGGUUGCUGCCAUAUUCCGAAUUUGAUGUUUAUAUGCGCAUCGGAAUAUUCCUGUCUCUCUAACACUACCGAUACCUGAUGUACUUAUAUUCUUCUGUAUGCUUUCCUGUAGUAUUUGAAAUAAAACCACAUUAACAAUCCCA